AUGCCUUCCCCCACAGACCCUGUGCAUCAAUUUAACUCAAUUGAGGACACAAUUGCGGCAUUUAAGGAUGGUGAAUUCAUUAUUGUUCUUGAUUCACAAGACCGAGAGAAUGAGGGUGAUCUUAUAAUUGCAGCCGAAGCAAUUACAGCAGCUCAGAUGGCAUUUUUGGUGCGCCAUACAAGCGGAUUAAUUUGUGCACCAAUUACCCCAGAGAUAGCCACUCGUCUGGCAUUACCUCAAAUGGUGGCCACAAACGAGGACCCCAAAUGUACCGCCUACACCAUUACAAUUGACUCCAGUGACGAUUCCGUGACAACUGGAAUCUCUGCGCAAGACCGUGCACUCACAUGUCGCACCCUGGCCUCAAAGGACGCUCAUCCUGAUUCCUUCCGCAGACCAGGUCACAUUAUUCCGUUGCAAGCACGCCCUGGUGGUGUCCGCGAGCGCAAUGGCCAUACUGAGGCUGGUGUGGAGUUCUGUCGGCUUACUGGAAAGGUGCAAGCUGCUGUUAUUGCCGAGCUGGUUGAAGGUGGUGACGUUGUUGAGGGUGUUGCGGAGAUUCAGGGAAAUAACGGAAUGAUGCGCCGGGAUGCGUGUCUUGCCUUUGGGAAACGUUGGGGCAUUAAGGUGUGUACUAUUGAGGAUCUAGUCGAUUACCUGGAAAAAACCGAAGGGACUGGAUCUGCUACGAAUGGGCGGCAAUGA